ACUGGACGCGGGGGCUGCGUGCGAGGCUGGGCCGCGCAGGAGGGGAGUGUUGUUUCAUUUUCCGCCAACUUCUUCUUUUUGGCUGAUUGAUGAUGAUGCUGUUGUUGUUGAUGUUGUUGAUGUUGUUGUGGGUCGGCGAGGAGAGAGGGCAUUACGCUGUAUAGUGGCCUUUGUGUCGCCAAGUUUCUGGGUCCUGCUGCUUCUUUUACCGGAUUUUAAGCGAGGAAUUUUUUCUGACGCAGCAGCGCGAGUGUUGGGGCCGUGUUCCGGAUCGCGCAUGAUGAGUUACACGGAGGAAGAUACCGCGGGGAGGCCCAAGCUUAGUCUCCAACCCCGUGGAUCUGCUUCCGACACUGCUUCACCUUCCCCAGCCAAGUCAAGCCGACCUAAUCCCUUCGGUGCAGCAAGGCCAAGAGAACAAGUUAUUGCAGAAAGGACAGGAAAGAAGGAACAAGAGGUCUUGAAGGAACAAGCUGCCAAGGAAUGGAAGAAAAAUAUUGUUUUGACUGAACAACAGCGUGAGGACAAGAAGGCUGCUGAAGCCGAACUGGCUUUUGCUAGAAGUGAGCUUGACAAAGAGGUGGAUCCAACAAAGUCUAAAGCACUCCGAGAGGAGGUUAACCUAAUGGAAAAGAAACUUGACGAGCUACUGGUGUCUUUUGAGAAAAUUGCCGUGCAAACUGCUCAAUCUGGAGGGUUAAGACGUCCUCGGCGUGAGGAAGAGCGAGCCCCUGCUGCUGUCGCGCCUGUCUACGGUGGUGGUGAGGCCGAAGGCUACUCAAAUUUUAGUCGGGGUCGUGAACGCGAUGGAGGACGAGGAAGCUCAUAUGGUGAUGCUUGGGGCGGUGCUAAGGGUGGCAACAAGGGAGAACAAGGAUGCUAUCACUGUGGAGAGGUUGGACAUUUCCAACGCGAAUGCCCCAACGGAGGUGGCAGUCGUGGAGGUGCAGGAGGGUAUGGUGGCAACUUUGGGGGUGGUGGCGGUGGUGGCAGAGGCGGGGGUGGCCGUCCAUGUUACACAUGUGGCCAAGAAGGUCAUUUCGCCCGGGAGUGUCCUCAAGGUGCCAAUGUUGGAGGAGGAUACGGUUCCCGUGGUGGCGGCAGCUACGGUGGGUCUUACGGUGGUGGUGGAUAUGGAGGAGGCUAUGGUGGAGGCAGCAGUUAUGAGGAUAAUGCUCAGUAUGCUUACCAAGGCAGCAGCUAUGGCGCAGGAGGAUAUGAUGACCGUGGUUACUCAUCUGGUGGACGCAGCGGAAGUUACAACCCUAACUGGUAGUUUAGAAUGUGAAUAGCAGUAGGGAGUUCCAGCCACUGUUUGCAUAAAGCUUUUUCUAGAGUGUUGAGGUAAUGUGUAGCUGAGAGUUCUUCGACUGUUGUGGACAUAUUUUGACUGCAUCUGCAUUUGUAAGACUGCUAUUAGUAGAAGCGUUGGUGUACAAAAUAGUGGUAAUGAUUCAAGACACCAUCAGUUUCUUUAUAGCAAUUUUGUAAGCGAGUUUUCGCAACCGAUCAUGAUUUUUGUGCAUGUUAAAUUGCACGAAUAGCAUGUGGUUGUUUGGCCAGAUGGAUGUUUUCAAUGAAGGGAUUUUAUACGACUGUACCCUGAACGUUUUUGGUACAAUUUUAUA